UGCAGGACAAGCAGCACCAAAGGCUUGAAGGAUGGGUAAAGACUUCCGCUACUAUUUCCAGCAUCCUUGGUCUCGCAUGAUCGUGGCUUACCUGGUCAUCUUCUUCAACUUCUUGAUAUUCGCCGAGGACCCAGUUUCUCACAGCCAGACAGAAGCCAAUGUUAUUGUUGUUGGAAACUGUUUUUCAUUUGUCACCAAUAAAUACCCUAGAGGAGUUGGCUGGAGGAUUUUGAAGGUGCUUCUAUGGCUACUGGCCAUUCUCAUAGGACUAAUCGCUGGCAAGUUUCUGUUCCAUCAGCGCCUGUUUGGCCAGUUGCUCCGGUUAAAAAUGUUUCGUGAAGACCAUGGAUCGUGGAUGACAAUGUUCUUCAGCACCAUUCUGUUCCUCUUCCUCUUCUCCCACAUAUAUAACACGGUUCUUCUGAUGGAUGGGAACAUGGGUAGCUCUGAUGUGUCCAGAAUAACAAGUCCCAAAGCUGCUCCAAGCGGCGAAGACAGCAGAGAGAAGCUUGUGUGCCCUCAGAAGAGGUGAAGUUUCAGAUCAUGACCCAUCCGUCCUUCUGUUCUGCUGAAGCCAUCGGGACUCUGCUCUGAGGAUGGUGACUGGAGGAGGGUUUCUCUGAUAUUCCUGUUGGGUGUGAUUGCUCCCAUGUUCACCUCAAGUGCCAGAACUUCAUCUCUCUCUCUCUCUCUGUAUGUAUGUAUAUACAUGCAUGCACACACAAAAUAGAUAUGUGUCCAACAUGCAAUAUAUAAACAUAUAUUUUUUUAUAUAUAAAAUGUAUACAUGUAUAUGUAAUUUAGCUCCCUAAUGGUUAUGUGGACCAUGUCACUGUAACAAGAAGUGAUGGCCAUCUUUUAUUUCACAGUGUGGCUCAGUGUGAAGAGCAUCUCCAGCUUGGGCUUUUUUUUUUCUUUUUGAGACAGGGUUUCUCUGUGUAGCUUUGGAGCCUGUCCUGGAACUCACUCUGUUGUCAUGCAUUUACUAGAGACCUUCUUGAUUAUGUUAUAACAUAAGAUUAACUAAAAAAAAAAUAAGGUAGACAAUCGUGUUUCCUAGUUUACACAGUAAAUCUAUUGCUGUCUGCAAACAGGACAUAAGGAUAUCCAACAGCUUCCUAUGUUUGCUUAUGAAGAAGGAAGGCACAGUCUAGAGCCUAGGAAAUGGAGAUCAACCUGCCCUAAUCACUAUCACUGUCUUUCAGUAUUUGCCUGCCAAUGGUAAACAGCAAAUGGAUUAGAUGCUGACUCCCUGUUGUGUGAAAAAGCUUUCCCUGGGAAGACAUACCAUAUACAUCUGCUCACCCCAGAUAGAAAAGCCAUCACAGACCAAAGUGUUCAGUUGGAGCUUCCUGUUCACCCUUGCACAACUGGAAAUCCCUGUCUGCCCCACCUCCCCCAGCCCCACUCACACUAAAAAUGCUGAAGAAAAGAAUGGCACACAGAACUCAGUUACACAUUUCUGUCAGCCAUUGAAACCCACCUUCCUGACAUGGCCAGCUCACUCAAGUGCCUGCCUGGGGGCUUUUAGCCUUUGAUCAUACCUGGGGACAAUCCCAGCUCCAGGUUGGCACGUCAUUACCCCUUGCCUACCUAAAAGCUAUAAAACCUCCUUGCCUUAGCUCAGGGGUGCGACUUCUCUGGCCUUGUUCUCUGAGAUCAGUAAACCCACCAGGGAGUUGCUUGGUUCUCAAUAAGUCUGUUAUGCCUGUCAUUUGGUUUGAUUAGGCUUGCUUAUUAUUUGGGAAAAAACAUAUCACAAAGUACUAGCAAAGUCUAACUUGGUGAACCACUGAAUUUUACUGGGAUUACUUACAGGAACAUGGGUGAUGACUUACUGACAGGAGCUGCCAGUGACUCAGUCAGUGAACAUGACUCAGGGACAGCUGCAUCAGCAAAGCCCACUCCAGCAUGAGUGACAGCUCACAAAACUAGGA